UUCUUCUUUUUAUUUUGUGUACGCCACAGAUAGAUUUCACUUCCAACUCUUCUUUCGGUUGCUAAGAGGGAAUCCCACAAUUUUUGAACACACAAAUGUUCAACCUCCACCUUCAAUCCUCCUCACCUUCAUGCCGGCUUCUCCCCAAAUCCACCUAACCUCUUUCAAACCCCUCCUCUUACUGAAAAUUUCUAGGGUUCCUUCUCUAUCCCCUUCUUUCUGCUACUGCUUUCCUAUACAUAUAGAUCCCUUUCGGUUUUCAAUUCGUUACUUUUCUUCUUCUUCUUCUUCUUCUUCUUCUUCUUCUUCUUCUUCUUCUUCUUCUUUCCCUUGUGCUUCGUGGCAAUGCCUGAAUGCUCCAUAUUUGGUUCCUUGGAUUCUGUAAUUGGACGAACAACAGGAUCCUUCAAAGGUUGUGUGCGUGUAGGUUGAUUAUUUGUCUAGGACCACGUUUGUGUUCUCGAUUUUUAUUUCUGAUUUUUGUCAUGCGAUUGUCGUCGGGAUCGGUUUCCUCGUCGUUGAAGCAGAGUGGGAAUCGGUCUGGGCCUAGGCUUAAGAAGAAGCAUAAGAGGCUUGAUGCCAUAUGCGAGAAAGAGUACAGUCGAAACCAUGGGGAUGUCAAUGAGAAUGUCACUCGGUUGGGGACUCUGGAGGCUGACCCUGGGCUUCGCCGGAGCAGCCGUGUUCGUCGGGCCCCUGUUUUGCUUGAUGCUUCCCCUAUGCCGAGGAAGAAGCGGCGGAUAGUUCGUGGGAAUGGAACUUUGGGAGUUAAGACGAGUGCUAACACUUUGCCUCUGUUCAGCGAUGAUUUGAAGGGCGAGACUGAGGGGAAUUGGAGAUCGAGGUUGAGAUCAAGGAACAGAAAUUUGGGGAUUAGAGUGGACAAAGGCGCUCGGGCAAGUAGGAAAAGGAAACUUUUUGAUGAAAUUAUUGAUGUGAAAGUAAGAAACGGCGGAAUGAGGAUAGAUUUGGAUGAGGAAAAAAGGAAAAUGGAAUUUGGGGAAUCUAUGGUUGGAAGGUCUAACAGAACGAGUAGGAGGUUUGGAGUGACUAAUGAUCCAAUUAAAAUAGAAGAGGAGGUGAAGUCUCCUCGAAUUAAGGAUGAUUAUUGCAAGGAAGAAAUGUUGAUAAUCGAUAUUGAUGAUGAGGAAGAAGAAGGAGAGGGAGAGGGGGAGGAGGAGGAGGAGGAGGAGGAGGAAGAAGAAGAAGAAGAAGAAGAGGAAGAAGAAGAAGAAGAAGAAGAAGAAGAAGAAGAAGAAGAAGAAGAGGAAGAGGAGGCGGUGGAGGGUAAAGAAGUCGUGACUGCGAAGGAUGAGAAAGGGGAGGAUGUUUUGCCUUUGGAAAAUGAAAUGGAUGAAGAAAAUGUGAAAGUAGUGGAUGAUGUUACUCCUCAGGUUGUUGAAAAAUUAGACAAAGAAACUUCAAGUUCUUUGCACGUAGAUGAGGCUUGUAGUGGUGAUCAUAAUGAAGAAUUGGCCAAUGCUGGUGAGAUACAGCUGGAAGAAUCAACACAGCUAAAUGAAGGUGUAAAUGAAACUCAAGAUGUAGAGGCUGCUGUAGUUUCAACAAAUGAAGUGGUAGGUGGAAGAUCUUGCAAUGAGAAAGCUGUUGAUUUGGGCAAGUUUACUGAAAAAUCUAGGCAACAUGGUGAUGAUUUAAAUUUAAAGAAGUUUACAGACAGUUCCACAGGUAUGUUGGGUAAGGCUCGCAUUAAAGAGGGCCGAAGGUGUGGAUUAUGUGGAGGAGGAAUUGAUGGUAAGCCUCCCAAGAAGAUGGCUCAGGAUUCGGGUGAGAGUGGAAAUGAAGCUUGUAGUGGCUCUUCUGCUUCAGAGGAACCAAAUUAUGACAAAUGGGAUGGUUUUGGUGAUGAACCUGGAUGGCUUGGACGCCUCUUAGGUCCUAUUAAUGAUCGUUAUGGCAUUGCUGGAAUAUGGGUCCAUCAACACUGUGCAGUUUGGAGCCCUGAGGUUUAUUUUGCUGGAUUGGGAUGCUUGAAAAAUGUAAGGGCUGCUCUUUGCAGGGGAAGAGCAUUAAAGUGCACUCGGUGUGGGAGACCUGGUGCAACCAUUGGAUGCCGUGUUGAUCGAUGCCCCAAAACUUACCACUUGCCAUGUGCACGUGCUAAUGGUUGCAUAUUUGAUCACCGCAAAUUUCUCAUAGCUUGCACAGAUCAUCGUCACAUCUUCCAGCCUCAUGGUAAUCAGUAUUUAGCUCGUAUAAAGAGAUUAAAGGCCAAAAAAAUGAAAUUGGAAAUAAAAAAGCAAUCAAAUGAUGCUUGGCGAAGGGAUAUUGAGGCUGAAGAAAAGUGGUUGGAGAACUGUGGGGAGGAUGAAGAGUUUUUGAAAAGAGAGAGUAAGAGACUUCAUCGAGAUUUGGUAAGAAUUGCACCUGUAUAUAUUGGCGGGUCAAAUUCAGAAGGAGAAAACUUAUUUCAUGGUUGGGAGUCGGUUGCUGGGCUUCAAGGUGUCAUCCAAUGUAUGAAGGAAGUAGUAUUCUUACCACUCUUGUAUCCUGAGCUUUUUGAUCGUUUUGGGAUUACACCUCCUAGAGGUGUUCUUUUGCAUGGAUAUCCUGGAACUGGUAAAACACAUGUUGUUCGAGCACUGAUAGGUUCCUGUGCUCGUGGUGAUAAACGGAUAGCAUAUUUUGCUCGUAAAGGAGCCGAUUGCUUAGGGAAAUAUGUUGGCGAUGCAGAACGUCAGUUAAGGCUUCUAUUUCAAGUUGCAGAGAGAUGCCAACCUUCUAUUAUAUUUUUUGAUGAGAUAGAUGGGUUGGCACCUUGUCGUACAAGGCAGCAAGAUCAAACGCAUAAUUCUGUUGUGUCAACAUUGCUUGCUCUAUUAGAUGGUCUAAAAUCUCGGGGGUCUGUUGUAGUUAUUGGUGCCACAAACCGCCCUGAGGCAGUUGAUCCAGCUUUAAGGCGGCCUGGGAGAUUUGACCGGGAGAUUUAUUUUCCUCUGCCAUCAGUUGAGGAUAGGGCUGCUAUUCUCUCCCUUCACACUCAAAAGUGGCCUAAGCCAAUUGAUGGACCCUUGCUCCAGUGGAUUGCUAGAAGAACUGCAGGCUUUGCUGGUGCUGAUCUUCAGGCUCUCUGUACCCAAGCAGCCAUGAGUGCUUUGAAAAGAAAUUUUCCUCUUAAAGAAGUUCUGUCAGCUUCUGGAGAACAAGUUUUGAGAGUUAACCGUCCUCCUCUUCCAUCCAUUUUAGUGGAGGAGCGAGAUUGGUUAGAAGCUUUAUUAUAUUCUCCACCUCCAUGCUCACGUAGAGAAGCAGGGAUGGCUGCUAAUGAUGUGGCAUCCUCCCCUCUUCCCUUCCAUCUCAUUCCUUGUCUCCUUCAACCACUGUCAACUUUACUCGUUUCCCUUUAUCUUGAUGAACGCAUCACCUUGCCGACUAAUCUUUUGAAAGCUGCAACUUCAAUUAAAAGUGUGAUUGUUAGUGCUUUGGAUGGAAAGAAUAUUGUAACUAGUUGCUGGUGGUCGCAUGUUCAUGAUUUUGUUCAGGAUGCUGAUAUUGCAAAUGAGAUAGAGAUAAAGCUGCAGGGUUCUGGAGUCUUAGUUGAGGAUUCUACUUUUGGUAGUUCUGGUGUUCUCAACAUAGACACAGGCAAUGAAAGUUCCAAAUUUGAAAAUCUAGGUCAUUGUGGUGGCCGACCCGCUACCAUGGUAGAGCACACAUCAUUCACCUUGGGAAAUAAAUCUGGCUUCCGUAUUUUGAUUGCUGGGAAUACCAGAUCUGGACCAAGGCAUCUUGCUUCUUGUCUUAUUCACUGUUAUAUUCAACAUGUUGAAGUCCGAAAGGUUGAUAUAGCUACAAUUUCACAAGAAGGUCAUGGUGAUUUGGUGCACGGCAUUUCACAAAUACUAUUGAAUUGCUCUAGCAUGGGUGCGUGUCUGGUGUUCAUGCCAAGAAUUGACUUGUGGGCUAUUGAGACACAAAGUCAAACAUCUGAGGAGUGUGGUUUUUAUCUGAAUGAGGAUGAACAUGUCGAGGAUGGAAUUAUUGUCAAAGACGAAGGUCAACUUGGUGAAAGAGAUGACUGUCGUUAUCCAGACCAAAGCAAAUCCAGUGAGAGGACUGGACUUCAGGAUGAAUGUCUUUCUAGUGCUUCAUAUGCCUGGGGUUCAUUUGUUGAGCAAGUUGAAUCGCUAUCUACACCCUUGAUGAUUUUGGCCACAUCAGAAGUUCCAUUUCUGCUACUUCCACAAGAGAUAAGGGAGUUCUUCAGGAAUGACUUGUCAAUGUGUCGACCAACCACUUCAGAGCAUUCGGUACCUAGGUUCUCAGUGCAAAUUGAUGGAGUUUUCGACCAUGACAUGGUAAUCAAUCAGUCUGCGGCAGAAUUAUCAAGGGAUAUUGUGAAACUGCUCGUUCAUUUGAUUCACCAAAAGUCUCAUACCAAAACAUCUACAUGCACAAAAUACCAAAUUCCUGUUAUCCAAGGUGAGAAUAAUGCAGAAAAUCAACAGAUAGAUAAAGAAACUGCCAGCGAGCACAAUGGAGAAAUGAAAUCCCCUGAUGUGUCUUCUCUCAGAAUUGCACCACUACCUGGCAGUAGAACCAUGAAAGUGAAAUCAAACUUGAUUUCAGUAAUAUCUACUUUUGGUCAUCAAAUUCUGCGAUACCCCCAUUUCGCUGAGCUUUGUUGGGUGACAUCAAAGUUGAAAGAAGGCCCCUACGCAGAUGUUAGUGGUCCCUGGAAGGGAUGGCCAUUCAAUUCUUGUAUUAUUCGCCCGAUGAGCACAUUGGAGAAGGGAGCAUCAAGCAGCUUGAGUAAUGGAAAAUCUAAAGAAAUUUCAGGUUUGGUAAGAGGCUUGAUUGCUGUUGGUUUAUCAGCAAUCAGAGGUGCCUACACGUCAUUAAGGAAAGUCUCUCUUGAUGUGCGAUUGGUACUUGAGCUCCUAGUUGAACAGAUAAAUGCAAAAAUUAAUUCCGGGAAAGAUCGGUAUCAAUAUUUUCGCCUUCUAUCACAAGUUGCAUAUCUGGAAGAUGUAGUUAAUAGCUGGGCCUUCACUCUGCAAAGCUUGGAACAUGACUCUCGAACAAUUGAAACAUCAAAGAAUCACACUUCUGGUGGUAGUGAGAUUCAGUGUGAGAAAAACGAACCCAUUAUAUCCAACAAAGGGUCUCUUGCAAAUGAAAUUCCAGAAGUCAGUUGUCAGGAACCUGUUGAGGAGAAAACUGUACGUAUUGAUUCCUUAAUAGAUGGAAAUUUAAAUCAUUCUAGUUCCAAGGAUACAACAAUCGUUCCAGAAGAACAUGGAGAGAGGAAUUUUGGCAUCAGUAAUUUAGUCUCUAACGAGUCCUACGAUAAUGCUGCUGUUAUUGACGAUCAGUUAGCUGAUAAUAUUCCACUGAAGCACGGCGAGGCAACAAUUCCUCAACAAGACAGUUUGGACAAUGAGAGAAACGGCACAUCAGUUAAAACACCAUUAGAUUUGGGAACAGAAUCAAUUGUCAAUUUGGAACAUCAUCAUCGAAAUUCAAGUGUGUUAUGUGGUGAUGGAAUCCCUAGCGGUACAAAACCCUGCAGCAUUAGUAAUGGAGGUUGUUCGGCCUUAGAAAACGGUUGCAAACGUGACGAUAGCCAGCUUGACACAAAUGACCGUGAAGUGAAUGUUCACUCAUCUCCAAGCAGAAGUGGCCACUCUACCAACCCUGCUCUAAUAUGUUCUAUCCAGUGCUGCAGUGGUUGUUUAAAUGUACUCUACAACAUGUCGAAAAACAUUCUUUGCAAUGAAUUGGGAUCAAAUCAAAAUAAUUGGACCGUAGAGGAUGUUCACGAUGUUGUCGUGGCACUUUCAGUCGACCUUCUUGCAACAGUAAGACGGGCAUUUCUUGAUGAAAACAACGACACUCGUGUAUUUGAUGAUAGACAAAUGGGAGGAAAUGACAGAUUUAAAUCCCCGGACUGGAGAACAUGUGAUUGCAAAAGUUCAAAAGACAUGGUUUUUAAGGGAGUGGAAUGUAUUUGUCACUUAAGUGAAAAAGUAAGUCCCUCUCCUUAUUCUGAAAUGGGAAUUGAUCCGAACUUUAUAUUCAGAGAUGGUGUUUUGGUUAGCGUAGAUCCCAAAAAGAAUGUUUCGUUUCAUUGUAAAUUGGAGACUUUGUGCCUCUGUUCUCUUACAGAAUUGAUAGUAAUGGCAAAAAAGCCUUUAAAUUGAUCAGGUUAUCUUGAAA